ACAUCGGGAUGCAUUCUGGACGGCCGGUUGGGCAACCGGACAACAAACCGUCCGAAGAUGUCGGGUGCUGAAAGACGACCGCCAAGUGUGUCGUUUGAAACAGCGCUUCGCAUCCUUCGCAGCACAUUCCACUUCGAAGACGUCCUCCAGUCGUCCUUCAAGGAACUACCCUGCUACGACGACCGCCACUUUUACUUCGAGGGCCGGUUGAUUCCAACGGCGCAGCGCCGCGACGCGGAUGACGGAACUGCCGGGAAAUUCGAACGGUUUGUAUUGCGCACCAGCAACCUAAUGUUCCCCGCUGGACUGGUAGAGGGGUUGAACGCUCUAAUGCUCCACCUAUCGUCUCGUGGAAUCAACUGCAGUCGACCGAUCGCCAGUCGAGUAGGUCGCUACAUGGAGAUGAUUCCUGGUAAGAAAAUCUCUCAGACCGGCCACUACCCACAGGAGUAUCCAGUCAGAGUGCUUCAGUUUGUAUCCGGUUUACUCAUGAGCGAGUUAGAUGCUGAGUGUUUAACACCUACAUUUCUCUACAGUGUGGGCCGCUUUGCUGGCAAAGUAGAUGCAGCACUACAGGAUUUCAGUCAUCCAGCAAUAGAGGAUUUCGUGAACGAGUGCUGGGACCUACAGCACUUCUCCUGCCUCAAAAGGUACAUCUCGUCUCUGUCGGAGAAGAAGAAAAUAGCAAUGGCCAACUCUGUCAUGAAACUGUACGAGGAGAAAAUAGAGCCCAUGCUGCCUAGCAUGAAGAAAGGUGUGAUUCAUGGUGAUCUAAAUGGAAAGAACAUCAUAGUACAGCAAUCAGAAAAUUCUGCCGCAAUAGUAGGACUCAUUGAUUUCGGAGAUUGUGUGCAUUCCUACUAUCUCUUCAAGCUGGCCAUACUGGUAGCCCAUAGGUAGCCGACAGGCGUGGAGGGGGAACAUGUGUAUGCGACUGAACCAGAGAACAUGCACAUGCAGCACUACAUUCCUAAUGCCUGGAAGUUGCUCUCUCAACUGCUGCCUGUGUCUAAAGACAAUGUAGAGGCAUCGUGGUAUAUUACCAGUGUUGAACCUUGUUUCGUGUUUGAGUUCUGCGCAUGCACAUCUUUGCGUCAUUUUCUGUGUGUACGCACAUUGCAGCUGUGUAGUUCGCACCUUGCAUGGGCCGUGGAUAAACCUUAACUAGAGAUGCAGAUUAGGCAGAUCAUGAGCUAAGA